UUGUUUGAGCUGGGGCCUGAUGGUGGAGACCAUGAGACGGAUGGGGACCUCCUGGCUGAGACUGACGUCCUGGCCUAUGACUGCGCUGCCAGGGAGAAGUACGCCAUGAUGUUUGACGAACCGGUGCUGCUGCAGCUAGGCUGGUGGUAUGUGGCCUGGGCCCGGGUGUCUGGACCCAGCUCAGACUGUGGCUCCCACGGACAGGCCACCAUCACCACAGAUGACAGGUAACUAUUGUAGCCUGUAGAAAUAUAAUUACUUCAAAAUAUAUCCUCAUUGUCAUUGUGAAUAAUGUUGACCUACACCCUUUUGCAGUGUGGUCUUUCAGUUCAAGAGCUCCAAGAAGUCAAACAACGGUACCGAC